AUUAUAAAUAGUUAAAACAAAAAGUGAAAAAAAGAUUUGGAUGAUAGAAUUGGAGAAGAAGAUGAUAAUGGAAGAUUUCGAGAAAAAAGUGAGACUAACCGAUGCAAAGGAAAGUAAUGACACAGUUAUUUUACUGGGUCGAUUCCUUCAAAUUCAACAGCGUAGAGCCCUAGCUUAUGCCGAUCUCAAACGCGGAUUUGAAGAAUAUAUGGUCUCCGGAGCUGAAUUAGCUUACCACCAACUUUGCACUCGCAUUACUUCAGAAUUCACUGACUGCUCUAAACAGGUUCUUGAAAUUGAAUCCCGUUUCCAAGACAUUGACCGGCCUGAUCUAGCUCAGCUGCUCAGAGCUGUUCAAACCCAAGAAAAACAUAAAUUACAUCUGACUGCAACAAUUCAGCUAUUGAAGAAGGCUGGUUGCCCAUCAGAACGUCUAGUAAGCCACGAGAAUUGCAGAUUUACAAAACCAAUGGAGCACGAGUGUGUGCACGUAAGUGAAAUAACUGAAGCCGCUGGAACUGAAGAGGCAGAAGCAAUUGCUGAGUAUGGUAAUGCUCUCAAGGAAGCCAUCAGAGGUGUUCAGGAUGCUGUGACAUCCAUAAAUGAAUAUAUAGAAGAAGUUAAGUAUGAGAUAGCUGCCCUUGAGGCCGAGUGAAGUUAAACUAUUAGUCCAAGUGCAUAAGUAGGGGUGUUGCAGAAACCGAAUUAAACUAAAGAACAAAGGGUCACCCGGCCCUCGAACUUUAAAGUCCGACAUAUUGAAAUGCUAGCUUUCGAUUACAUGUACUCGGACUAAUAUUUUCUUUUGUUGUAAUUACCUAACUGGUUCAUUAAAUAUGGCAUGUGCCCUUUAAACCA